ACAACGGUAAGUUGUAGAAGCGUGAAAAAUAAAUGAAUGAACUGAAAUUAUUUAGUUCACAUGUAGAAUUGACCAUAUCAGAAUGCUGUGGUUGUAUUGACUGAUAUCAAAACGUUGUAUCGUCGAGUUCUAAGAGGCUGAUGUUCUAUUGCCCCCAAGUUAAAAUGCUCCUCAAUUUUCUUUAAUGGUAGAAUGCCAAUUAUUCUAAGGGCCUUAAUUUAAAUUUGAUACACAUUUUGAUAGUUGUGCAUCUGUGAUGCACAGAUGUGAUUGUUUUUUUUAAAAAUAUAUAUAUAAGCAAUUUUUUUUUUCUGACUAAUAUUGAAUGAAUAAUUGUUAUUUUUGUAUGAUUUCCCCUACUAGUUUAGGCUUCGAGUCAGACUUUUUAUUCUACCUCACGUAUUCCUUUUGGUUGUUUAUGGUCAUUUUUUGAGAGAUAAUAUUUUUGGGGUCUUGGCACGGGCAACGGAUAGUAUAGGAACACAAGUGCACUAAGACAACACAAAUGCUUCACCGUUUGUCAUAGUGCAACUCAAAUGGACCUAACAAAAUCAUCUCUUUGAAACAAUAGACAAUACAAUCACCAACCACUCUGGUUCAAAGAAGCACAGUAUGCUUGUAUAAUUAAAAAAAAUUGUAAUACAUUUGUGCAAGUUAAAACAAAAGUGAUGUAGAUAGUAAAAAGAAAAGAAAAAAAUCAGGAACAUAAAGAAUAUUGAUAUGCAGUUUUAGUUUGGUUUUUAUUAUUUUGGUUUGUUGGAACGUCUUUAAACCUUGUAAACCUUUCUCAGUUGAAGGGUGUGUGUUGUUAUUGUUGACCACAUUACAGAAUGUUACUUUUCUUUGCAAAUGCUCAAUCUUUUGGUUUGACCAUAAAAUAUUGUUUUGUUUUUACUAUCUUUUUUCCAUUUACCGUUCUUUGUUACUCAGUUGGGCUUGAUUGCUAUUUGAUGACCGCAUGGUGAAGGAUGUGGAGAACGUGGGAUCUCUUGAAUAACUAAUGUUGUUCUUUGUGAAAUGGGUCUUAAAUUAGUUCGUUCUGAGCUAAAAUAAAAUAAAGUAAAAACGGAUGUGGCAGUUUUUUCCCCACUUGAAACAUCCACUGUAGGCCUACGAUACUCUCAAACUAGUUUUGAAUAUCAUCCAUAUUUUACGCCCCAAGGAGAUGGUCUAACAUGUCGAAUCAGAACACAAAAAGUAAGGCGGUCCAAGAGGAGCCUGAGAAGUUUGUUGUGGAGAAGGUGGUGGACCAACGCACUGUCAAUGGGAAGGUUGAGUUCUUCCUAAAGUGGAAAGGAUAUAACGAUGUGGAUAAUACCUGGGAGCCCGAGGAGAACAUGGACUGUCCAGAGUUGAUCUCAGCGUUCCUAGAGUCCAAGAAUAAUGUUAUGGAUAAGCCAGAGUCCACCAAGAGGAAGUCCUCCACGGAAGUGUCCGAGACAGAAGAGGGCAAAACCAAGAAGAAGAAGGACAUGAAUGAAAAGGCCCGGGGCUUUGCUAGGAAUUUAGACCCAGAGAAGAUUAUUGGUGCAACAGACAGCAGUGGACAAUUGAUGUUUUUAAUGAAGUGGAAAGACUCAGAGGAAGCUGACCUGGUUCUAGCCCAGGAGGCUAACACUCUCUGUCCUCAGGUGGUCAUCUCCUUCUACGAGGAAAGACUCUAUUGGCACGCCUGCCCUGAGCAUGAGCCCCAGUAGCUUCUUGGUUGAUAUCUGGACUGACGGCUCUCCAAAAGUUUAACCCUCAACAGUUUGAGGACAGAAAAAUGCCCACUGCCUCUUUCUAUUCACAUUUCUUUAUAAUGGUAGCAUACCAAUGGUUAAAUUCAAAGGCUGAUUAUAUAUAUUUUUUAUCUGAAUAUUAUUAGGAAUAUUUAACAAAAAUAAAAAUCCUUUAGCUUUUUGUGAACUCUCAAGUGUACUCAGCCAAUACAAAGGCUUCACUAGUUGUCAUAGUAACCCUAAAGUAGACUGACGUCCAAAAGACAAUAGAAUCACUAACUACUAGUACAAAGGAGAGAAUGUUUUAGGUCUUUGUAAAACAGUAUAAAAGCUUUAACUUUGACCACAUUUUUCAGAUGAAGGUUGUGUUUCUGAAUACAUAAUGUUUUUCUUCACAUAGGUUCACUCUUGAUUUUUCCAUAGAAAUACUUUUCUCCCCUACCACUUUUUCAUGGUAUGACUGUUCAGCACAUGAUGAUACAAAUAUGUUUAAAUACGUGGUUAGUUUUAAAUGGGUUUUGGUAAGGUUGGUUCUUUCUAAUACAAGUUCAAUAAAG